AUGACAGCUCAUGACGACACGCGCGAGGAAGCGAAGAUUCUCGACGCUCUCCGUCUGGCGAUCCGUGAAUGCGACUUGAAGACCGACGUGAGAGUGGCGGGCGGAUGGGUGCGCGAUAAGCUCCUUGGCGUCGAGAGCCACGAUUUGGAUAUUGCGCUGGAUGAUAUGACUGGGCAGCAGUUCUGUGAUCGUGUGCUCCGGUGCUUGAGGAAGACCGAUCCUUCAUGUUCUUACAAAGUUAUCAAAAGCAAUCCAGAACGAUCCAAGCAUUUAGAAACGACCAAGCUGGAGAUCCUGGGUGGAGAGCUUGAUGUUGUUAAUCUCCGAUCCGAGACGUACUCCAACGAUUCCAGGAUCCCAACAUCAAUGAAAUUUGGAACACCUUCCGAAGACGCUUACCGGAGAGAUCUCACGAUCAACAGCCUCUUCUACAACGUUGCCGCUGACAAGGUUGAGGACUUCACGGGUCGAGGUGUAAUGGACCUCAAGCUUGGAAAGAUCAGGACUCCGUUGCCUCCGCUCGUAACUUUUUUAGAUGAUCCAUUGCGUGUCCUGAGAUCCAUUCGGUUUGCGGCGCGCUUUAAUUUUGAGCUGGACGAGGAACUGGAGUGCAUGGCAUCUGCUGAUUCUGUGAAGGCUGCAUUCGAAACAAAGAUCACCAGGGAGCGCAUUUCUCAGGAGAUUCAAGCCAUGCUCUUCGGAAAGAAUCCUGCUCGGGCGAUGUGCCUGCUGCACAAGCUUGGUUAUUGGCCUCUGAUUUUUACGAGGCCAGAAGGUGAAAGGCGUCUUGUUCUUGUUGCUGGGAUUCUCUAUCCAUUCAAGAAAGAAAACGAUACAGUGAACGCAUUGUACAAAGCAAUUGGAAAUACCUUCGUGCAAGAUUGGUAUGAGUUGAACAAACGUACACUUUUUGGAGGAUUACCUUGUCUUUUCAACGAAAGUUUUCGAGUAGAGGCCGGCCUAGCCUUCAGAGACAGGGACUUCAGCUUGUCAGCUGCUGCUUUAUUUCUCUCCGUGCCAGCCCCUAGUGUCCAGAAGAAAGACGUGUUUAACGCUAUUCUUAAAAGCAUCAGCUUAUCUGGUAAGAAGUAG